CUACGAUUAAUCCCUUCUUUUAACCCGACAUGGCCAGUCACUUGCCCAAGGGCGGUGCCCUCGUCCUGGUGCUGAAUCUCCUCCUGCUCUCGCAAUGGGAGACGGAGUCCAAGCUGCUGACACGGUGUCAGUUGGCCAAGGAGCUGUUGCGUCACGACUUUCCCCGCAGUUAUCUGUCCAACUGGGUUUGUCUUGUGGAAGCGGAGAGCGGACGCAGCACGUCCAAGUCCAUGCAGCUGCCCAACCAGAGUGUCAGCUACGGACUCUUCCAGAUAAACAGCAAAAACUGGUGUCGCAAGGGUCGUCGCGGUGGUAUCUGCAACAUCAAAUGCGAAGAGUUCCUAAACGACGAGAUCUCGGAUGACUCACGGUGCGCCAUGCAGAUCUUCAACCGCCAUGGAUUCCAGGCCUGGCCCGGUUGGAUGAGCAAGUGUCGUGGGCGCACGCUGCCCGAUGUCUCGCGUUGCUAG